AUGGCCUCUUCCUCCGACGAGACGCGCCCCCUCCUCCCCCACCGCUCCGCCUCCCGCGCUUCUCGCUACUCUUCCACCGCUUCCACCGCUUCCUCCUUCACCCACUCGGACGAGCCCCCCGCGGAGCCGCCGGUCGUCAACAAGAUCUCGCGCGCAGACCUCAUCUGGGUCCUCGCCGGCCUUUGGAGCGCCGUCUUCCUUGGAGCUCUCGAUGGCACGAUUGUGGCCACCCUCCUUUCGCCGAUCGGCAGCUAUUUCAACGAGUCGAACCGGUCGUCGUACAUCGGGACGUCUUACCUGCUGUCGGUAUGCUGCUUCACUCCCCUGUACGGACGGCUGUCGGACAUCCUCGGGCGCAAGGGCGCGAUGCUUCUUGCGCUCUCCCUGUUCGGCUCGGGCACUUUGCUCUGCGGGCUUGCGCCGACGAUGGACGCGCUCAUCGCCGCACGGGCCAUUGCAGGCAUGGGCGGAGGCGGAGUGAUGACAGUCUCCUCUGUCGCGGUGACAGACCUCAUCCCGCUCCGCCAGCGCGGGCUCUACCAGGGCAUGACCAACAUUCUCUUUGGUCUCGGCGCAGGCCUCGGGGGACCGCUCGGGGGGUGGUUCAACGAUACGCUUGGGUGGCGCGCCGCGUUCCUGCUCCAGAUGCCUAUCCUCGUCUUCUCUUUCCUCCUUGUCGCCCUCAAGGUUAACGUCAGGCUCCCCGACGAGGUCGAGAACCAGACCCUGCACGAGAAGCUUCACAAGAUAGAUGGCUUCGGCUCGUUUACUCUCGUCGGCAUGGUCGGAUGCCUCCUCCUCGGCCUCUCCCUCAAGUCUACCGAGGAGCUCGCAUGGGCACAUCCCCUCAUCUGGGGCCUCCUGCUCGCCAGUCUCGUCUUCGGUGCCGCCUUCAUCUGGGUCGAGACCAGCUACUCGUCCCACCCCGUGAUGCCUAUGCGCCUCGUCAGGCAACGGACACCGUUCUUCGUCUGUCUCUCGAAUUUCUUUGGUAGUGUCGCCGCGUUCUCCAUGAUUUAUAACGUACCAUUAUAUUUCUCCGCCGUUAAGUUAAACUCCUCAACAGGCUCAGGGCUUCACUUAUUGCCGCACUCUGUCGCUAUCUCCACCGGAAGCGUUUUCGCCGGAUGGGUCAUGCGUCGAACGGGCAGACUCUACAAUCUCACGUUGUUCUCCUGUCUCCUCACCGUGUUCGCUGCGAGCCUCGUCGCGCUCUGGGACGACAACACCGCAACAUACCAUUUGUGGCUUGACAUCGUCCCGCAGGGAUUCGGCAUGGCCAGUGUCAUCACGACCACGCUCAUCGCCAUGAUUGCGAGCGUGACCCGAGAAGACCUGGCUGUGGCCACCGGCAUCACCUACUUGUUCCGGACCACAGGGCAGGUCAUCGGCGUCAGCCUCAGCGGCGCCCUGCUACAGUCCGUACUCACUGCCAAGCUUCGCGAACGUAUCACCGGGCCUGACGCAGUCGCUAUAAUCGAGGACAUCCGACACUCGACGACCAUCAUCCCGGGCCUCCCGCCAGACCUGCGGCACGCGGCGGUGGCCUCGUACGCGGACGCGCUCCGCGUCGUCUUCGUCUGCCAGGCCGCGAUCAACUUCAUCUGCUUCCUCUGCUGCCUGCCCAUCCAGGAAAACAUCCUCCCAGGGACGCACGAGGAGCAGGAGGCCGCGUACCGCAAGCGGAGAGACACGCUCUCCCGCGCGGACUCGGAGCACACCGCGGUGUCGGACGCCGAGGAGUCGGACGCGGACGCGCGGACAUGA